GAGUGUAUCGCUGAUUCGCUGCUAUUUACCCAACGAACACGUAGCUCCGCUGGCAUCAUUAUCAUCCUUAGCGCAUUAUUGUCGAACUAAGUCAACUUUGUUAUACACAAACACUACAAGAUUGGUUUUUUUUUCACCCUUGUUUCUGUGAGGUUGUGUUUGUGUAACCGUACGGUGUCCCACUGUCCCUUCGGCAGGAGACUGGCCCCUUCUUGCCGCAGAGUGCAUAGUCGAUGUCGAUGUGAGAGCGCCAUAGGUGGUGCUCAAAGCCUUCAUGGCUGGGCUGGCAUGCGCCCGGCGCGACAUGCCGACACAUUCAUAGCCUCGAAGUUUUUUCAACUUCACUCUAUAGCCUACUCCCAGGUCCAUCCGUAACGGUGCGACCUUCAACUGUUCGGUGGAGGAGGUGGACGGCAUGGCCGCGUCGCCACGCUUGCGCACAGCUUCUCGACCGGCCCACACUCGCUUGGGAUGGGAGCACGUGGGCUGUGGCGACUGCCAAGUGAUCGGCGGCGGCCGAGGUGUUGCGAUUGUGAGUGUUUGUUACCGCCCGUGGCGAUGGUUGUUGCGCCAGCACGGUGAGGUAGCAUGGCACCCUCCGCGCGCACCACGGUUGCUCGAUGGAAUGCCUCAACAGCAUCUUUGCUGGAAGACAAACAGUGGGCAGCUCGCUUUCCGGCUGGACGUACAGAAAAUGAAUUUUCAACACCCACUGGCCACUGCUGCACUGCAGCAGAGGGCUGGAGAUUCAGCUUGGCGGUUGACUCUCUCGGCAUUGGCAUCUCUUGUCUCCACUCCAUUCAUCCAUCCAUUGCAAGGUGAGCGUCUGUCAUACACUGGAGGGCCGGGAGACGAUAGACUCUCGUGCUUGACGGUUGACUCGCUCAGCACUGGCAUCUCUUCUCUCCGUUCCAUUCAUCCAUCCUUCACAGCUGAGCUCUCAAGUUUGCCUACAUCUCGAGAUACAAUACAAGGACGAACAAGGAAAUUGACCCUGCUACCUUCUGUACUCCACUGCUUCCACAGGCGGAAUCCUCCAGCAACAAAGUGAUGGAACUUAUCCAAGAAGCUGAUAGAUCUAAGUGGAUGAUGCACAGUAAUCAUAGCAUAAGAUGCUUUACUGGAGGUGACAUAGAAAGAAUGACCAACAGCUAUAGAACUUGUCUUGGAAGAGGUGCCUUCGGAGAAGUAUAUGAAGGGAUUCUUGAGGACGACAGCAUGGUUGCAGUGAAAAGGUUGAUCGGAAAUAUGAAAGAAAACUUUGCUAAAGAGUUUAUCGUCCAUCGUGAAAUCAACCACAAGAAUGUAGUGAGGCUCAUUGGUUAUUGUGUAGAGGAAAAUGCCCUUAUUUUGGUCAUGGAGUAUAUCGCUAAUGGAAAUCUGAAUGAUGUUCUUCACGAUGAUAACCGUCCCAUCCCUUUGGAUAUAAGACUUAGAAUUGCCAUUGAGUGUGCGGAAGCUUUGGCAUACAUGCAUUCUCACAUGUAUACUCAGGUUAUCCAUGGCGACAUCAAGCCUGGUAACAUACUCUUAGAUAGAAACUUUCAUGCAAAAUUGUCGGACUUCGGAAUAUCAAGAGUGGCCAACACAGAUAAGACACUAUACACAAAGAAUGUAAUUGGGAGCAUAGGUUACAUGGACCCUUUGUUUUCUUUGGAUGGUCGUAUCACUGUUAAGUAUGACGUUUAUAGCUUUGGAGCUGUUCUCGUUGAACUGAUCACUAGGAAAAAGGCAGUAGUUGAUAACGUCAACAAUGUUUAUGCAUUUAAUAAUGCUCUUACAAGUGGGAUCCGGGGUGUGAGAGAGAUGUUCGAUGUUGACAUUGCAAGCAAGAAUAACUUGAAGGUUCUUGAAGGAGUUGCAAAGCUAGCAGGUGAAUGCCUAAGGAUGGACAGGGAAAAACGUCCUGAGAUGAUUGAUGUGGUGGAACGUCUUCGGGUGCUACAGAAAUCUUCAAAUCAGGAUCAGCGACGGCGACGUGUAGAUAUGUUCUCUUGGGUAAGGAAGAGCAAUCCAGCACCUCCUCCUUCAGAUGUGUAUCGCCGGUUCUCGUUUGCAGAGAUAAAGGCUGCAACAAACAACUUUGAUGAAUCACUCCUUGUUGAGGAAGGUGAAUCUGGUAGAGUUUACUGUGGCCAGGUUAAUGGACGAAAAACCAAUGUGGCUAUCAAAUAUCUACAGAACGGACUCAAUGAAUUGUAUGCGGAGAUAAAGUUCUUGCCAAGGCACCGAAUCCGCCAUCGUCAUCUUGUGGCCAUGAUCGGUUACUGCAUUGAAGAGGAUGAAAUGAUAAUGAUACUGGUGUACGACUACAUGGCUCGUGGAAGUCUGCGUGACCACCUCCAUGGGAUCCAGAAGACGCCCCUUUCCUGGAAGCGCCGUACAGAGAUAUGCAUUGGUGCAGCUCGUGGCUUGCACUACCUUCAUGAACUACCGUUCAUCCAUCGUAAUGUGACCUCAGAAAAAAUCCUGCUGGUUGAGGAAUGGGUUGCCAAGAUUACUGUACUUCCACUUUCCAAUACUCUGACAUUAUCAGUUGAGCAUGGAACUUAUGGUUAUGCCGCUCCUGAGUACGUGAGGAACAGUUAUCUUACUGAGAAAUCAGAUGUCUAUUCAUUUGGUGUUGUGUUACUGGAGGUCCUCUGUGCUCAGCCUGCAUGGAAAUGGGAUGAGUAUUUUCCAACCGAACAAUUAGUGUUGACAAAUUGGGCAUUGUGUCAAGGGCGUUCUUGCCCAGCGACGGCGGCCCUCGGCUACGUAGCUCGUAGCCUUGGUCCGUGAUAACUGGCGGGGUUAUGCCCCCUCGCCUAACCUCGCUGGUCGGGUUAUACCCCCUGGCCGGCGGCUUGAGAGAAGAGAGAAGAGAGAUAGGUUUAAUCUUGCUUGAUUCCAAAAGGUCUCCAAUUACAAGGCUUUAUAGCCUGGACUCCCAACAAGAAAGGAAACUAAUCUUCUAGACUUAAGGAAACCAGAUAAUAUCUUUCUAAACAAACCAAAUCUUACCAAACCUAGACUCUCCUUUUCUGGCCAAGCCGCCUGGGCGCCUGGCUAGCCACUAACGGCGCCAGCCC